AUGACAACUAAUGUAGCUGAUGACAGAACUAAGGUAGCUGAUAACAGAAUUAAGGUAGCUGAUGACAGAACUAAGGUAGCUGAUGACAGAACUAAGGUAGCUAAUGACAGAACUAAGAAGAUUGAUGACAUAGCUAAUGACACAAUUAAGGUGGCUGAUGACACAAUUAAGGUGGCUGAUGACACAAUUAAGGUAGCUGAUGACAGAACUAAGGUGGAUGAUGACAGAACUAAGAAGAUUGAUGACAUAGCUAAUGUAGCUGAUGACACAAUUAAGGUGGCUGAUGACAGAACCAAGGUGGAUGAUGACACAAUUAAGGUAGCUGAUGACAUAACCAAGGUGGAUGAUGACACAAUUAAGGUAGCUGAUGACAGAACUAAGGUAACUGAUGACCGAACUAAGGUAGCUGUUGACAGAACUAAGAAGUUUGAUGACAGAACUAAGGUAACUGAUGACACAAUUAAGGUAGCUGAUGACAACCAAGGUGGAUGA